AUGAGUUUUGCCCAAUUAUCAAACAUUCCUUUUUCACAAUUUACUGAAAGAUUCAGUCUUGAUAGAUUAAGAACCGACGCAGGUUCUUUACAAAACAAAUUCUCCAAUAUCAGACCACCACAAGAAUUCUUUGACAUCAAGAGAUUAUCAAAACCUACAAAUUUUGGAGAUUUACAAUCAAGAAUCUCAUAUAAUUUGAAAUAUUAUCAAACUAAUUAUGCCAUCAUUGUUUCAAUGUUGAGUAUUUAUUCAUUAUUAACAAAUCUUUUGUUAUUAUUUGUUAUUGUUUUCGUUGGUUUAGGUGUUUUGGGUAUAAGUAAAUUACAAGGUUCAGAUUUAGAAAUUGGACCAUUAAAAUUAACAAAUUCUCAAUUAUACACUGGGUUAUUAGUUGUUGCAUUGCCUUUAGGGUUCUUGGCAAGUCCAAUUUCCACUGUUUUAUGGUUGAUUGGAGCUUCAUCAGUUAGUGUUUUGUCUCAUGCUUCAUUUUUAGAAAAACCAAUUGAAACAGCUUUUGAAGAAGAGACUGUUUGA